AUGCACAACUUGAGCUGUUACAACCCGAGUUCCUUCACCUUGGUUGGGAUCCCUGGCUUGGAAAAGUUCCACAUCUGGAUUGGAAUUCCCUUCUGUGUCAUCUAUGCCGUGUCCCUCGUGGGCAACUGCACCCUCCUCUACCUCAUUGCAUCCGAGCACAGCCUCCACGAGCCCAUGUUCUUCUUCCUCUCUCUGCUGGCCUCCACCGACCUCAUCUUAUCCACUACCACAGUGCCUAAGCUGCUGGCUAACCUCUGGCUUGGCUCCCAAGAAAUCACCUUCUCUGGCUGUCUCGCUCAGAUGUUUUUCCUCCACUUCAGCUUUGUAGUGGACUCAGCUAUCCUGCUGGCCAUGGCCUUUGAUCGCUAUGUGGCCAUCUGUCUCCCCCUGAGGUACAACACCAUCCUCACCCCACAGGUGAUCGUCAAGCUGGUGGUGAGCAUCGUGGUAAGGAGCUUCUCUGUCAUCCUGCCAGAUGUUUUCCUGCUGAAGCGGUUACCGUUUUGUGGAACACACAGCAUCCCGCACACCUACUGUGAGCACAUAGGCGUGGCUCGGCUGGCCUCUGCUGACAUCUCCAUCAACAUCUGGUACGGGUUUUCUGUGCCUCUCAUGACUGUCAUCUCAGAUGUCAUCCUCAUCGCCGUCUCCUACGUGUUCAUCUUGUGUGCUGUCUUUCGCCUGUCAUCCCAGGGUGCCCGCCAAAAGGCCCUGAGCACCUGCGGCUCCCAUGUCUGUGUGAUCCUCAUGUUUUACACCCCAGCCUUCUUCUCCAUCCUGGCUCAUCGCUUUGGGCACAGGGUCCCCAAGAACGUUCUCAUCCUCUUUGCCAACUUCUAUGUAGCCAUCCCCCCUGCACUGAACCCCGUGGUUUAUGGGGUGAAGACCAAGCAGAUCCAGGAGAAAUUUCUUCUUCUCAUCUCUUUGAAAAAGAUGCAGAGACUGGAAAUGGAAGGAGACAUUUAGGUCAUAUCACUCUGGUAACAUUUUAUAUAAGACACAGAGACAGAAAAUUAAGCUGUGUUCGUUGAUAACUCAAGCAUUUGUACCAUGUAAGUAGCAUAGGCCAAGAUGAGGAAGAAAAUAAUCUCCUAGAUGUCUGAAAAAACAAAUCCAGGGUUUUCUUGGUUUUGUGUUAAUCACAUUUGUGUUAAGAGAAUAUUAAUAAUAAAUACAGAAAACUGGCAAAACUAAGAUUUUUAAAAAUUCUGGUGACUGCUAAUUUUUCAGAUGUUUCAAGAACAGAUAUUUUCUAACAUAGAACUCACCCUGCCUUGUGUUUCUCAGCGUCUGGAUGAAUCCCAGUGUUCUCUGCUUUCUUUGUCAAGUGGUUAUGGGUUCUUCCCACUACCGCUGCCAGCUCAUGGCUCACACAUCUGCAGGCAGUCUAGACUUUGCAGUGGUCUCUUCCUGCAGCCUUUUCCUGACCUUCAGGUUGCAAAUGCAUGCUCUGAGAAGAAUCUAAACUGCUUAUUUAUAUAUCCCAAUUGAAGUGAAUUUUAUCAUUGUUUCCACAUCUACUUAAGCUAUUGAGAAUAAUAUUAGUUAA